UUUCUCAACAAUUACAAGCACUGCUGGGUAGGCAGCAGCAACAAGUCCCCAGUGAUGCACAUGAGGAUGGUUCAGGAGUCUGUUGGUUGUAGGAGAAGUCUGCAUCAUUUGGUGCUGAUUGCUGUGCUCUUUGUUGUUUUUCAAGACCUGAGCAGCAGAGGAGGAGCACAGGCAUGGACCUACAACUACAGCAUCAGUACAAACCGCAGAUGGCCUGAAGCCCGUCAGUGGUGCCAGCAGCACUUCACAGACAUGGUGUUCAUCAGAAGCAAAGAGGAGAACGACUACCUUAACAACAUGCUGCCAUUUCACUCAAAGUAUUAUUGGAUAGGCAUUAAAAAAGAGGGGGGAGAGUGGGUUUGGGCUCAAAGCAAUAAGACGAUACCCCAAGAAGUCCAGAAUUGGGCCCACAAUGAGCCAGAUACCAUUCCGGCACAGGACUGUGUGGAGAUGUACGUAAAGAGGGAAGUGGACUCAGGCAUGUGGGAUAAUGAGAGGUGCAGUAAGAAGAAGGGAACUCUCUGCUACAUGGUCUCUUGCAAACAGGAUUCCUGCAGUGAGCAUGCAGACUGUGUGGAGACUGUUGGGAACUUCACCUGCAAGUGCCACCCUGGCUUCACAGGAUCAAGAUGUCAGGAGGCAAUUUCAUGCAAGCCUUUGCUGAAUCCGGAACAUGGUUCUCACUUUUGUAUUGAUCCCUACGGAUCGAGUCGUUUCAACUCUUCCUGCAGUUUCCAGUGUGAACUUGGCUACCAGUUGGUAGGAGUUCCCCAACUGCUCUGCCAAGCCAGUGGUCAAUGGAUCCACCCUGUUCCUCUGUGCCAAGUUAAACAGUGCCCAGCUCUGAACACCAGCAUCAGUGCAGGUAGUUUGAACUGCAGCCACCCCAUCGCUCCUUAUAGCUACAACUCUACCUGUGAGGUGACGUGUAAUGAAGGCUACGAGCUGAAAGGACAGGACAGGAUACGCUGUGAGCAUACUGGCAAGUGGACAGCCAGCAUCCCAGCAUGCACAGUGAAAACAUGCUCCCCUAUUUUGUUUCCUGUCACGGGCAGCAUGACAUGUGUGGACACUUUGGGGCCAUUUUCCUUUGGCUCACAAUGUAGCUUCACCUGCAAGGAAGGCUACAACGUCAGUGGAGAUGACACACUCACUUGUCUGGCCUCAGGAAAAUGGAGCAAACCUUCACCUACAUGCACAGUGGUGAAGUGUAGCAGUCUAAAGGCUCCACCACAAGCCUCAAUGCAAUGCCAGGAUCCUUUGGGAGCAUUCAGCUUUGGCUCAGUGUGCAUUGUAAAAUGUGAAGAAGGAUUUGACUUGAUUGGUUCAAACAUGACAAAAUGUUCCUCAAAGGGGAACUGGAGAAACAAACUUCCUGUUUGCAGAGCUAAGACAUGUCCCACUCUGAGCUCACCUACUCAUGGCUCCCUAUCCUGCUCUGAUCCUCAUGGAAAGUUCAGAUUUGGUUCUCUGUGUACAUCAACCUGUCAGGAAGGAUUUGUUCUGAAUGGGACAGCAGACACAAAGUGCAACUCUCUGGGCAUGUGGAGCAACAAAAUGCCCAGCUGUUACGCACGCCCAUGCCCCCUACUGGCCAAAGCUCUACAACAUGGGAGGAUGAAUUGUAGCCAUCCACACUCAUCUUUCAGUUUUGACACCGUUUGUGACUUUGAGUGUGAUGAGGGGUUCAGGCUGAGAGGAGAACAGUCUCUGAUAUGCAACCAGUCAGGUUACUGGAGCCAGGAUCUACCCACCUGCCAGCCUGUGCAGUGCGGUGCCAUUCAUGCCCUAUCUGUAAUCCUUUCAAUGAACUGCUCACACCCUCUGAGGGACAACAGCUUUGGCUCCCAGUGUCAUUUCAAAUGUAAAGAGGGGUUUGGUCUGAAUGGUACAGAGGUGCUGUUUUGCUCCUCCUCUGGAUUCUGGAAUGACAGCCUGCCUAACUGCAUAGUGGAAGGUAUGCCAGUGGGGACUGCCCUGUUGAUGUACGCAGGUGUGGGAGCAGCCUCUGUUGUCAUUCCUCUUGUCCUGAUAGGACUGGCCUUUUUGAUUAUAAUGAAAUAUAGGGAAAGAGAUAACCCAAUCUUGACUGAUACACCUGCAUGGGGGGCCAGAGAAAAUCCAGUAUUUGAAUUUUGAUUUUUUUUUUUAAAUCAGUCAAGAGAGUUGCUUUUUUUCUGAAAUCAAUUCUGGAUCCUUAAAGCAAUAGCAGUAUUUAUAAUGGCUUGCUUCUCAUUGAAUGCAACUAACAAAAGCAUUACAGCAGGAUCAGAACUUCUAACCAGAUAAGCCUUGCAAGUUAGAUAAUUACACAUAUAUUCCAAGAAAACAUUCUCCGUUUGUUUGUAAAGAGAUUAACUAAAACAAAAUAACUGUGUGAAAUACACCUAGGAUUCCAAGUCUGUGUGUUCUGUUUGUAUAUUACAUACUUGUCAAUAAAGUAUCCACAUUUCUUCAA